CAUUUCCUGGCCUUUCCCGUUUCUUCUCUUUCAAACAUUUCAAAUACAUUUUCAGUUGUACUAAUGAGCGAUUUGGACAAAUACGAAGCUCGAAAAAUACGGAAAAGAAUAGAAAUAAAGCAGGGCAAUCUCAACUUGCUUCUGCCCGAAAUAAGGUUUCUCCAGUUUGUCGAAGAAUUAGAAUACUUCCAGCAAAUAAUCGAAGGUGUCGAUACAGACGGACCCACUUCACAUGUCCAAUUACAUCUGGCCCGUACUCAGUUCGAAGUUCUGCAAAAUAAAUACAGGGAGCUUUUGAAAUUCUUAACGGAAAAUUCAAAACGUAUUGAACAACAUUCAAAGGACACUCUAUUGAAAGAUUUAUUCGAAGCAGUCCGUGAGUCGACAUUGUUUCUUAUUGCAAACUUUCAAAAUUUCUGCUUACAAAUAGAAGCGUCAACUGAAUUUAUUUAUAAUAUAAGAACGAUUUUGUGGAUUUAUGACUUAUUAUCGAACUUGAAGGCUGAUAUAGGUACAGUCAAGGAGAAUUUCUCAAAUAUACAGAGGAGUGCUAACAGACGAAGGGUGAAAGAGACUUUUAUUCAUAUUUAUACCGAAGCACUUGCUACUAGUAGCCUAAAAUUCGAGCAUUUGGCCAAAUCGUUUCCGAAACUCGGCAGCUUUUCAGGGCAUCGACUGCGGUUUACAACAUAUAGAGUUGCUAUGUCCGAAGCAAGCAAGUCUGGCGAUGAACAUAUCAAACAACCUGAACAAGAAGAAACUGAAAAAAGUAACAAAGACAAGCAGCCGCAGGUUGCCGAAGGGACACAAUCUGAAGUUACUACAGAUCCACAACAGGAUACUGCCAAAGAACCCCCGCCAAAAGCCACUGAGGAGUCGAUCGCAGCUGCAACCAAGGAAACGCAGGCAGAGACGGCCGAUGUACCACCAGUAGAUACUAUUACAAAACCACAACUAGAGUUGACUGAAAGCCAUGAACUAGAUGUUAUCGAAAAACCACAACCAGAGACUGCCGAAGGACAGCAACCCGAAAUUACCGACGAAAUAAAAAUAGAAGCUACCGUAAAGUCUCAACAAGUGGUGACUGAAAAAGAAAAAGAAGGUAAUAUUUUAAAUUCUAAUGUUGAUACACAGAUCAAAGCUGAAUUUCCACAAGGCGACCAGAAUGAUAUUCAAGAUUAUACAGAUGAGAGAAAUGAUAUAAAAGAGCAGGAAGAGAAUACCAUUAAAUCAGAUGUGACCGAGUCCAAGGAGGCCGCGGAAAAUCCCGCAGAAGUUGGUUAUGAGGAAGAAGGUAUAGCAGGCGCAGACGAUUCGAGCGAUCUUAAAACCCCCUCUAAUUUCUCUCUUACAUCAUUAAGAGUUCAAGCACAGGAAGAAUUACGAGCUGAAAUGCAAACACAUAAAUUAAAAAUUGAAAAUGCUCUUACUGAACUAACAAACCUUGAGAAUAAAUUAGUUGAUCUGAAUAAGAUAAUUCUCCAACGAAAACGUUCUUUCAAACGAAACCUUGAAGAAAUAGAAAAGCAAAAGCGAGUUAUUGCUGAUGAGAUUGAAGUUUUGGAAGAUGAUAAACCUAGAAGACUGCAAGAUGUUGCCGUUCAAAUAGGCCAGUUGACGGGUUUAACGGAAGAGCGUAUCCGGGAUCUCGAAAAGCAAAAAGACGAUAUCAAAAAUCGUUCAUUAGUACAAGCAUCUAAAUUAAGUGAAGCAGCCCGAGAACUUUUGGCGUUCGAAUCAUCAAAAAUUCAAAAUUUAAAACAACUCUUACAAGAAACUAUGGAAGAAACAGAGAAAGAUGAAAUUCAGGCUAGUAUAUACCUUGUAAAAAGAACAUUCGCUGAGGAGUUGGGAGUGUUAAAAAAAAUUCAAAAUGUUGAAAAUUUCCAAGUAGAUGACCACGGUGUCUUUUAUUUUGACAAAACAAAAACGAAAACUUAUGUUACUUCGGUAGGUAGUGCAUAUCUACGUGAUAGUGGUACCAUUGGACCCCGAGGAGAAAGCGCUUCGUUUGAAACAAGUUGCACGUCAUCUGAAGUGGCUUCCCGUUUGGACACACAGAAGGUGAGAGCCUCUAUUGACCAAAAUGCAUCGGAAUCAUCGUCGUUUACUUCUCAGAUAACAGUGGAAGAAACCAAAGAUCAACUGCCACUGGAUAGCGAAAGUUACAUAAAAUAUACAUUAGGGAAGCCACUUCGUCAAGCAUUAGCAGCCAUCACAAUUUAUCAACCAAGUGAUCCUAUUAAUUAUUUAGCUAAUUAUUUACUCCAAUACCGAUACAAUGCACUACGAAAUAUUCAGCGUCAACAAGAUUUUGAAAAUCUGGCUGUUCAGCGUGAGCGUUAUGCGGAGAAAGUACAAUUGGAAAAUAUGCGACGCGAGAAUAUGAAGAAACCUUGCAAUCCUUGUGUUCAACCACCGGCUGAAAAAUACUUUUAAGUUUAGCGAAUCAAAUAAAAAAAGACAAAUUUUUUACUAAAAUAAUCAAAAUUUCUUUAUUGAAGACACUAAACGGGAAUACAUUUGGUUAAAAUAAAAUACAUCUAAUUUAUUCGGGCAAA